GCCAGUUGCGCAGUAUAUCACUGGCAGUGCAGCAACAUUAGCACCCACCGAGACACUUUCUAUUUAAUUUGGACUAAAUUAACGUGGAAAAUGUCUGGAGGGACCCGUCUGGAGAACGCAAACCCUGUGAUUUUCCAGCGGUCUGGUGAGAGGCUGCUGACAGCAAAGGAUGAAGAUGAAGACGUCCAUGACCCCAUCGACGACAGAGAAAUAUUCGAUCUGAUCAGAUCCAUCAACGACCCAGAGCAUCCUCUGUCUCUGGAGGAACUCAAUGUUGUGGAGCAAGUCCGAGUCAAGGUUAAUGAUGCAGACAGCACUGUGGAUAUUGAGUUCACACCCACCAUCCCCCACUGCAGCAUGGCAACACUCAUUGGCCUGUCAAUCAAAGUCAAGCUGCUACGCUCCCUGCCAGACAGGUUCAAAAUUGAUGUCCACAUCACUCCCGGGACUCACGCCUCAGAGGAAGCAGUGAACAAACAGCUGGCAGACAAAGAGAGAGUGGCAGCAGCUCUGGAGAACUCCUCGCUGCUGGAAGUGGUCAACCAGUGCCUGUCCGCCAAGAGCAUCUGAGCAGCCAAUCAGCUUUGUCGUCUUCUGCUUUUAGCCACUUAUUAUUGCAGCAGAACUCUCUGAUCCAGUCAUGUUCUUUGACAUCAGAGAUUUGUCUGCCAAGCUCUCUGUCUACCUGUCAUUAAUCCAGCUGUGAAUAGCUGCAGCUGGUGGUGGCAGAUCAGAGUUCAUACAGCCUGUCCAGUGUUUCCUGGACAAAAGUACAAGGAACCACAAUUCUUGAAUGUGUCCUGUCCACCUAAAGAGGGCAAUAGAAACUGUUACUCAUAAUGCAGAGUACUUGGGACAAAACAGAGAAAUUAUACUUGAAUUAGGGGUCAUCACUGUAGAAAAAGUUGAGAAUCUCUGCCGGUUACAUCAUUCAGUGAAAUUCUUGUUUUAUAUGAUCCAAUUUGUAUUGUAACAUAUGCACUUGAUUAUUUUUAGAAUAAUAUUUGGACUCACAAUCUGGUGAGAAUCAGCAGCAACAAUCCUCAGCUGUAUAUAAUAUUCUUGCUUUGAACAUUUUAUUUAAACAAAUAAAAUGAUAGAU